AUGGAGAAUCAAAAGAUCUCUGAUUUCCUCGCUGACCAGCUGCAACAAGCUCCGGAACAGUGCCAGGUGUUGUUCCUGAGCUUCGAAGACUACUGGGAACGAAAACUAUGGCACCAGCUGACCAAUGCAUUGGUCGAUUUCUUCCGUCUACCAGAGAGUGCUCCUCAGCGGUUACCGAUAUUCAAAACAUUUGUCCUUAGUUUCGCCGAUAAGAUCAACCAGCUCCAGUUCGUCUCGUUGGGGUUGAUGGCGUCAACAGAGUGCGCAGAUGACAACGAGCGACUCUUAUUCCUCACAUCACUCGCCGACAAGGUAGACAAGCCAGACUCACAAGAAGCCUACAUCUACGCCCUAGCGGAAGUUGCCAAUGUCAAGCAACGGCUACAGAAUCUGGACGGGGCGCAGAAAGACCUAGAGACGUGUCAGAAAGUGCUGGAUUCGUUUGAUUCGGUUGAGACGGUCGUACAUGCUUCGUUCUACAAAGUCAACGCGGACUAUUACCACGCCAAACAAGAAUUUGCCUCCUUCUACAAAAACGCCCUCCUUUACCUCGCGUGUAUCAACCUUGAAGAUCUUUCCGAGUCUGAACGCGAGCACCGCGCUUACAACCUUAGCGUUGCCGCCCUUGUCUCGGACUCCAUAUACAACUUUGGUGAACUACUAUUGCACCCGAUUCUGGACUCUCUCACCGAAACAUCACACAGCUGGCUCCGCGACCUCCUCUUUGCUUUCAACCGUGGCGACCUGACCGCCUACGAUGUUCUCGCAGGCAACAUCUCUAAGAACCAGCUGCUCGAGCAACACCGCUUCUUCUUAUACCAGAAGAUUUCCCUGUCUGCUUUGACGGAAAUGGUCUUCCGCCGCCCGCCACAUGACCGUAACUUGACCUUUGCAUCUAUUUCCGCCGAGACGAAGGUGAAGCCGGAAGAGAUCGAACACCUGGUUAUGAAGGCCCUUUCGCUGGGUCUGCUGAAGGGUGCUAUUGACCAGGUUGCACAGGUCGCUCAGAUCAACUGGGUGCAACCCAAGGUGCUGGAUAUGAAGCAGAUCGAAGGCAUGCGGAAUAGGUUGAAGGACUGGGAUGCCGGUGUCAACCAGCUGGGACAUUGGAUAGAGGGUGUUGGGAAGGAUGUGUGGGCUGCAUAG